UUAUUAUUGUCCCCGGGGCAACAACACAGAGAGCACCUCUGCAGUUCCACAACACGCGUGUAGUGCCACUUGGGCUAAAAGCUGUCAGCAAACAUCAGUGACAUGAGUGCCGACAAUUGUAGUGGGGAUGUGACCGUGUCUUUGCAGAAUCUAUUGAACUCCCUCCAGUGCAUCAGAGAUCGAGUCAGAGAUGGAGAAUCAAAUGAGUCCGAUGGGGCGUUCAACCUCUCAAACUUCUGGGACACUCUGAACCAGGCAGUGAAGCCAGUGUCUCAGGAAGCCACCAAACUCAGCCUGGCCUUCUCCAAACCACCUCUGCCUUCACAACAGGAUACAGAGAAGUUGUCGGAGUCCAUGAUGAAGAGCAUCCUCACUCUGUCUACAGUGUAUUACUGGCUACCUAAGAGCCAAGGGAUGAGUCUUCGCCGGCAGGUCAGAAAUGCUACAGUGGAGGUGCUGGAGGAAGUCUGUCAGUUGGUGGAGGUUAUCCUGAACUCGCCGCUACAAAGUCUGAGCCAGGAACAGCUGACGUCCACAGGAGGCGUGUGGUCAGCCUGCGAACGGUUCGCCCAGCUGCCUCGAGAUAAUAAGGCAGCGGUCCUGGUGGUUCUGUCCUCUCAGACCGGUGUUGUAAAAGACGCUUUAGAGGAAAUAGAGCAGGCGCUGUCCGAGGCCCAGGAUCCGUUCAACGACGUGCUGGACGACGACCUGGACGGGGACGAUCCUCGGGGCAACCAGGACACGUACUGGUCGGAGAGGGACCGGGAGGUCAUCGGCCCGUGCCAGGGCCUCAUGAAAGCGUCCGCGGCGUGUCUCAGGAAGAUGACGUCCGCCGUCAAAGCCAACGGGGACGUCGGCACGCCUCAGAACGUGGCCCAGCUCGACGACUUGGCCGACAUCACGAAGGAAAUCAGCCCCGGUGUUGACGAUCUAGCCCUCUGCCUCUACCCGCCUAUGGACUACAGCGGCGUAGAAAACAACGUGUCUAAACUGGCCGUGCUCCUGAAGAAGGUUCUGGAGAUCGUCAGGUCCAGCCACGUGUGCGGAGAGUCGGAGUUGGCCUGGGUCCAGUUCUUAGACGGAGCCGUCGGACACAACCUGCAGAAAGCCAAAGAGCUGAUUGAGCAGGGCAGCUAGCCUCCGGAGCGGCGCAUCUGCUGUCUGGCUUUGUUUUCUUUUCUUUCUUUUUUUUUUUAUGUGGAAUGAAUGGCUGCAGCGUGGACAUACAUGUGUGUGAACUAUGUAUAUAAAAAUUAAGACACAUUGAACAAAUAAUUAGAGGCAGGUCUCGUGUCCUUCAGCGCGCUGCACCGCUGGAGGAAGCGUAGUAAUGUCAGUGGAAUGUCAUUAACGUCCAAUAACAACAACCGGCCGCCUGCUCUCCAAACACACGACACCUGCUACAGUGUUGCUACAUAGACAGUUGGUUUAUUAAAAUACUGAAAUAACA